AUGUUAUUAACAAGAUCUUCUGUGGUGGGGGCCAGGAAGCUUGAAGAUUGUGCAGCUGCAGAGCAAUAUUAUGUAGAGAUUGGAAGACCAGAUGCUUUUAUGCAAUGUUAUGUUCAAGGCUGCUGUUCGUCUCUCAACAACCACGGGGAAUCACUUGAUCAUUUGCAAAAACUGUCUCCUGAUAUGCCCUUAAAGCUGGCAUCAGAUACAAUUUUGAGAAUGAUGAGGGCUAGGGUUCAUCAUCAUCGUCAAGGGCAAGAAAACGGUGGAGGAGGAGUAAAAUGUGCAAUGGGUGUAGACUCAAGGUUGGCAAGAUUAGAAGAAAGAUCACGACACGUGCAGAGAAAUGAUGAGAGCCUCUGUGAUUCCUGCUAUGCCCGCCUAGGAACUAAGCUCUUUGCGAUGUACCCUGAUGAUACCAUUGUCUGUUACAAGCACAUCUGCGUCUGGGUGCUUGAUAAGCACGCCUUGUCAGAGGCUCAUGCCAGGGCUGGGUUAUCCGAAGCGGCUGAAGACUCGUUUCUCGAUCUGAUUCGAGCUGAUGGAGGGAAGCUGGUGCGGCUGAGACAUCCCGGUGUUGUUCACGUGGUUCAAGCCCUUGGCGAGAACAAAAAUGCCAUGGCUAUGGUUACUGAACCGCUCUUCUACUCUGUGGCUAAUGCGCUUGGGAAUGUAGAAAAUGUCAAUAAUGUACCGAAAGAUCUCAAGGCCAUGAAGGUUCUUGUUACUUUGGCUGGUUCCUGGAAGCUUGCUGGAUUUGGCUUUGCUAUUUCAGAAGCACAGGCUGGGAAUUUGGAUAACGAAUAUGAAGUUGAGGGCUCAAUCUUGCCACUCCAACCAUCUUUAAAUUAUAUUGCACCUGAAUUGGUGCGGAGAAAAACUUCUUCCGCUGGAGUUUCUUCGGACAUUUUUAGUUUCGGGUGUCUUGCCUAUCAUUUAGUUGCACGGAAACCAUUAUUUGAUUGCCAGAACAAUGCCAAGAUGUACAUGAACACAUUGAACUAUUUAACAAAUGAAACUUUCUCAUCUAUACCUUUGGACUUGGUAUCUGAUUUGCUAUCAAUGAACGAGUCCUUUGGACCAACAUCAUUAGAUUUCACACGAAGGAAUACGGAAUCUUCGUGGGGUUUCAUCGUUUCUUGUGACAAGCCUUACUCUACUCAUUGCUUGUGCACUUACAUCUUGGACUACAACCUUCACCUGCAGGAUCUAAUUUUUUCCGAAGCGACACUAGAUUACGUGCCCUCCGUUUCCUUGAUCAUAUGCUUGUAUGAAAGAGACAACAUGCAGAAGUCUGAAUUCUUAAAAGCAUUAUCCGAUAUGUGGAAGGAUUUUGAUUCCCGUGUAUUGCGGUAG